AAUGAGGAAACCCAUGUGGAUCAUGGAUGUGGAUGCGUGACUGGAACCUGUACAUUCUUUUGCAAUAUAAGUUGUUCAGACAGGUUUUUUUUGUUCUGUUUCGUGAUGUCGUCCUUCUUCAUUAAGAAAAAAGGAAACGCAACAUUUUCCAAAAAAGAUGGUCAUUCAGCAGGCGCUAAACGAAAGGUAGUACAGAAGGAUGUGGGAAACAAGAGUCGAGCGAAAAAGUUGAAUUCAAAGACUAACGAAGAAAUCUCCAGUGACUCCGAGACAGAGAGUCACACAGUUCAAAGAAAAAGGAAAUCCCACGAAGAAGAGGAGUUUGAAGAGACACCACAGGAGAAGAAGCUACGUUUAGCCAAACUUUACCUUGACCAACUAAGGGAAGAGGAAGAAGCCAAGGCAGAGGAAGAGCUGUUUGAGACGGACCUGGUAGCUGGAAGACUCCAAGAUGAAGUGCUUGAACAGAAAGGAAAGCUACAGCGAAUGGUUGCGAAAGAUCUCCUUCCGCCAGACGCCUCUGAAAUCCGUUUGUUAAGAGGACACAAGCUGCCCGUCACCUGCCUGGUCAUCUCCCCCGAUGAUAAGAACAUCUUCUCUUCUGGCAAAGACUGCUCCAUCAUCAAAUGGGAUGUUGAGAGUGGUAAAAAACUGCACACUCUAGCUGGUGGCAGAAAAGGAACCGACGACCGUCACGUGGGGCACACAGCCCAUGUUCUAUGUAUGGCCAUAUCAUCAGAUGGAAAAUACUUGGCCACUGGAGAUAUGAAUAAACUGAUCAUGAUUUGGGAGGCAGCGACUUGUAAACACUUAUACAAGUUCACAGGACAUCGCGGUCCUGUAUCGGGUCUGUCCUUUCGGAGAGGAACCCAUGAACUCUACAGCGCCUCUCACGAUCGUUCGGUCAAGGUGUGGAACGUGGACGAGAACGCCUAUGUGGAAACACUGUUUGGGCACCAGGAUGUGAUCACGGGCCUGGAUGGAGGGAGUAGGGAGCGCUGUGUCACCUCUGGGGGGAGGGACCGCACAGUGAGGGUAUGGAAGAUAGCUGAAGAAUCCCAGCUUGUGUUCCAUGGCCAUGAGGGCUCCAUUGACUGCAUCCAGCUCAUUAAUGAGGAGCACAUGAUAACGGGGGCUGAUGAUGGCUCCGUCUCCCUCUGGAGUGUCAACAAGAAGAAGCCCCUGAGCACGGUGAAGCAGGCUCACGGUUGCCAUGGUGAUGCGGAGCUGGAGCAGCCUUAUUGGGUGGCGUCCGUGGCGGCACUGCAGAAUUCUGAUACCGUUGCUUCAGGUGCCUCCAGCUGUUCUCACAACUCAGAGGUUCAGCUGUGGAAGUGUAGCCAGGGCUACAGAGGUCUGCAGCGUCUCUUCACUGUGCCUGUGACGGGGUUUGUCAACAGUUUAAAAUUCUCCAGCACAGGCCAAUUCCUGGUUGCAGGAGUCGGACAGGAGCACAGGCUUGGCCGCUGGUGGAGAAUGAAAGAAGCAAAGAAUGGACUCUACAUCAUUCCUCUGAAAAGACAAAACCCUGAGCAAGAAGUUGAGGGAGAAUAGUAUAUUAUUUGAUCAUUUUAAGUAGUUAUCUGUGUAAUGCAAUUUUGUUUUGUAAAUAA